AGCAGCGAAGCAAAGCCCUCUAGCAUGUUGAGCUUCAAAAGCUUAUUGUCCAAAAGGACCAAAGCCAUAACGAAAAAGAAGAAGAACAAGAGCAGAAACAAGAUCAGAAGCAAAACUGUUCCCACAAAACAAAACCCCAUUUGCGAAAAAUGCCCCGACGAAGAAGAGAUGGAGGAAGCAGAAGAUGGCGAUGAGGUUGAAGAAGGGUUCAAUCUUAAAGCCUCUGCCCCAUCACACACACAUGGUGUCAAGCCACUGGGCAAUCUCUACCUCAAUCCAGGUUCUGUCAACUCAAGAAACACUGGCUUAGGUAAUCUCCAAACCCUUACAGAUGAGCUUGUUCUUGAGAUUCUAGCCUUUUUAGCUGGGACCCACUUGGGGGUUUUGGCGAGUGUGAGCAAGUCUUUUUAUAUCUUUGCAAAUCAUGAGCCCCUUUGGAGGAACCUUGUGUUGGAAAAUCUGAAUGGUAGGCUUUUGUAUAAUUGCACUUGGAAAUCUACUUACAUUGCUGCUCAUUACCCUUCAUUUGAUGUGUCGAAUGUCAGUGUUUCUGGUUUGAGAGUGAGAGACUUUUAUUCGGAUUAUCUGUUCCAGAGUUGGCUCUGUGCCAAUCUUGAAAUGAAACCUGAAUGGCUUGAGAGAGAUAACAUAAUACGGAGAAGGGGCAUUUCGGUUGAGGAGUUCAUUUCCGAUUUUGAGGAACCGAAUAAGCCUGUGCUCUUGGAAGGGUGUAUGGAUAAUUGGGUUGCAUUAGAGAAAUGGGAUAGAGAUUAUUUGGUUAAACUGUGUGGUGAUGUGCAAUUUGCAGCUGGGCCAGUGGAGAUGAAUCUUGAGGAUUAUUUUAGAUAUGCUGAUCAAGCGAGGGAAGAGAGGCCAUUGUACGUUUUUGACCCAAAGUUUGGAGAAAAAGUUGCAAGGUUGGGUUCGGAGUAUGAAGUUCCUGUGUACUUUAGGGAGGACUUGUUUAAUGUUUUGGGUAAUGAGAGGCCAGAUUAUAGAUGGAUUAUAAUUGGACCAGCCGGGUCAGGUUCCUCGUUCCACAUUGAUCCUAAUUCAACAUCAGCUUGGAAUGCAGUGAUCAAGGGAUCAAAGAAAUGGGUGCUGUUUCCUCCUGAUGUUGUUCCUCCAGGGGUGCAUCCCAGUCCAGAUGGUGCUGAGGUGGCAUGCCCUGUUUCAAUAAUUGAAUGGUUCAUGAACUUUUAUGGUGCCACAAAGACUUGGAAAAGGAAACCUAUCGAGUGCAUUUGUAAGGCUGGGGAGGUUCUUUUUGUACCUAAUGGAUGGUGGCAUUUGGUGUUCAACUUGGAGGAAUCGAUUGCCAUUACGCAGAAUUAUGCUAGCAGGAGUAAUUUGUUGAAUGUCUUGGAUUUUCUUAAGAGGCCAAAUGCCAGCACUCUGGUGUCUGGGACGAGAGAUCGGGUGAACUUGUAUGAUAAGUUUAGAAAGGCUAUUGAGACUUCUUUACCGGGAACAAUUGAUAAGUUGUUGCAGAAAGCAGAAGAGAAGAAGGCCCAACAGAGUAAACCCUCCUUCUGGGAUACAGUGACAGAUUCAAAAGCUGGUGCUUUCAAGUUCUCUUUCUAACGUAUAAAACCUGAAGACACUGAGCAGACUGGAACUAGUACUUCUCCCUGUUGUUGCCUCCAACCUCCAGAAAAUUGAGAACAAUUUUGACAGUAUUUUGAUCAAAUUCACAUUGUUGUACUUCAAUUAUUUU